GACACAGAUUUAUCUUCAUCCUAAUGGGUCUCGUCCUGUCUGCCUGGCUGAUCGGCCCAGCAGCUGACCGCGUCCCCUCCUCUUCAUCAUCCUUCCCUCCGCUGGCCGUCCCAACAUCGUCUAGAGUCACCCUCAUCCUGAGCUCCUCUGCAGCGUCUCCAGGAGACAGACGCUCACACUGGAGCUCGCAGCACCACUCUCCUCACUUCCAGCUCUCUCAGUGCAAGCAGGAAGCGACACGCGCACCUGCCGAGCUCAGCAGCGAUGGGGUCAGGGCCGAGGUGGGCGUGGAGAGUGGGCUCCAUGUGUGGGAGGUAACUUGGAACCCUGAGCACAGAGGAAGUCAUGCAGUCAUAGGAAUUUCGAGGCAGGACUGCCCUCUGCAAGACUCAGGUUAUAAAGUUCUGGUGGGUGGAGAUUCCCUGUCAUGGGGAUGGGAACUACAAACCAAUCAGCUCUGGCACGGCGGAGAAACUCUGGCGUGUUUUCCGUGUGAAAGGAGGGUUUCUCUUAGAUUGAAAUCCUCUAACUCACUACACAGCAAAGAGACAGAUGCACCUCUCCUUAUUCCUGAACGCGUCCAGCUGGUCCUGGAUGCUGAUGCGGGGACUCUGGGGUUUGCUGUCGAUGGCAGCUUCCUGGGUGUUGCAUUCAGGGACCUUCCUCCUGGAGUGGAACUGUUCCCAGCAGUAAGCAGCGUGAGAGGAGGAGCACGGAUUGCAUUGCGCUAUCUGAACGGAACCACGCGUAAUCCUCCCGCCCUGAAGGCUCUGUGUGGACUAUCAAUUCUGCAGAAUUUAGGUCAACAAAGGCAGAACCAAGUGGACAAACUGCCUCUACCACCUUUACUCCAACACUACCUGCUUUCCUCUUUCUAAUUCCCUUGCACAUUUACAUACAAAUGUUUUUGUAUUUUCUUUUAAAUUCAUUUGUUUGUAUUGCUUAUGUUAUUUAUUGAUAGUUUUAUAAUUGGCAAACUCACUUUGGAUAAUAAAAACCUCCACGCAAGCCUAAUAAAGACUCCUUCAACUGCAAACACAUGUAAAUAGUCUGAAUGUUUGUUUUAAUAAACCAGACUUGCAGAUACAUAAACCUUUUCCAGGUAUCAGAUCUUUCUUUUUUCCUUUUAUUUCUGAAAUAUUGAAACGCUGUCAGUAGAGCUGCCUGUUCAAGCUGAUAGAUGGAAAUGUCACACUAAGCUUAAAAACAGUCAUGCUGAAAACGAUAUUCUUAAAUUGUUGAAAUUGAUUUGAAUAGUUAGAAAACUGAAACAAAUGUGAUCUCAGGUUGUGAUCCAGAAAAUGCUACUUUUACUUUUGUUGUAAGAAACAUCCAAUGAUGAGUGCAAAU